AUGGCGGUCUUGAAUUCGAAUUACACAAUUUUGACUCUAACAUUAGAGAGUGUAAAAAACGGAAGUGACGUGUUUGAUAAGGAAGAGUUUUUGAAUGAGGAGAUGGGAGAGAGGAGACAGGGCACGGUGUCUGUGGCCACCCUGACAGUGGUUUAUUGUGCUAUAUUUGUAACAGGUGUUAUAGGAAACUUGUCGACGUGUAUAGUAAUAGGUAAAAACCGUUACCUACAUACCGCCACUAAUUACUACCUACUUAGUCUAGCUGUCUCUGAUAUAAUAUUUUUUGUAUUUUCAGGUCUCCCGCCAGAACUUUACAGUAUUUGGGAAGCGUAUCCAUGGAGAUUUGGUGAAGCCUUCUGUAUAUUUAAAUCUUUUUUCUCGGAAAUGACGUCAUAUGCUUCCGUAUUGACCAUCACUGCCUUCACUGGGGAACGUUACGUAGCAAUUUGUUAUCCAAUCAAAUCGCAGACAUUUUCAAACCUGCGUAGAGCGGUACGCAUUAUAUUAGUUAUUUGGUUAGUGGCGUGUGUUUGUGCGUUACCCUUCCCUGUUCAUACCAGACUGUUUUAUUACUUAAAAUACCCGAACAGCACAGAUCCUAUCUAUGAAUCUCUACAAUGUAACAUUCCAUUUGAAUGGCUGGAAUCUAUGACAUCCAUGUUCCAGAUUUCAACCUUUGUGUUUUUUGUGUUACCUAUGGUAGUUAUAACAGUCAUGUACGUCUUGAUCGGAAUCAGCCUGAAAAAAUCUCAUUUUCACCAGCCAACUACUACAUCUAAUGGUAAACUCGAGGCUAAAACUGCUGCUAAAACUGCUGUGAUUAAAAUGUUAGUGGCUGUAGUAGUAGGGUUUUUUGUGUGUUGGGCCCCGUUUCAUGCCCAGAGAUUAAUGACAGUGUAU